AGCGUCUGUGCAGACAUUUUCCUCUUGCUGAAGGAACGAUGACUACAACUGACUCACCCUUCAACACAACCACGGAUGAAUACAACUACGACUAUAACUAUACCGAUGACUACGAAGAUGAAUUGUGCGACAAAACAAACGUCAUGCAGUUUGGAGCAAUCUUCACUUCAGUGUUCUUCUCCAUUGUGGUCAUCCUCAGUCUGUUUGGCAACAUCCUGGUCAUUGUCAUUCUGGUCAAGUUUGAGAAUCUCAGAUCCCUCACCAACACUUUCAUCCUGAACCUGGCUGUAUCCGAUCUCUUCUUCACCGCAGGUCUGCCCUUCUGGGCCUACUCCCAUGUGCAUGGAUGGACUUUAGGGGAACCUGCAUGCAUAACAGUCACCUUUGUCUUCUACAUUGGCUUCUACAGUAGUCUUAUCCUCCUCAUGCUGAUGACUGUUCACCGUUAUGUGGCUGUCAUGAAUCCUCUCUCUGACAUUGUGUCCACCACAGGCUGCUACAGUAUUCUAGCAUGUCUGAUCAUUUGGGUAGUGAGUAUAUCGAUUGCCAUUCCAGGCAUCAUCUUCACCAAAGUGGUCCAGGAUCACUGUGUAUCUGCAAAGAGCUUAUUGGGAAUCUACCUGCAAAAUGCUCUCUUCCUGUUGAGUUCAGUGGUGUUCAUUUUUUGCUAUUCUCAAAUAAUGUGCAGGUUGCUGCGUCCUACUGCCCAAAGAAGAAGGCGCAGAACUUUAAAAUUAAUUUUUACCCUCAUGGUUGUUUUCUUUGUGGGCUGGGCACCUUACAAUGUAGUGAUAUUUCUGCGGUCAUUCUAUUACUGGCCCAAACCGCCUGCUGACUCGAAGACUGUGGCAAGACGUUGUGCAGAAUCAGACCCACUGGAUUAUGCCUUCUACAUUAGCCGAUUUUUUGCCUUUUCACACUGCUGCCUGAACCCAGUGUUUUAUGUGUUUGUGGGGGUUAAAUUCAAAAACCACUUAAAAAAAAUGCUAAAGGGCUGGGGACACAAAAACAGCAGCAUCCGCAAUAGGCAGAGCCGACUCACAAUCACAUCACUAACAAGUGGUGAAGAGUUCUCGAUGUAGCUGGUUUAAGGCUGGUACAGCUACAACACUUUGAUGAGUCAAAAUCACAUUGUAUAUCCACCAUCUCAUAUAUAAUUGGUAAAGCCUGGACUUCACUGUUGGUUCAUUUGUCCAUUAUUUUUUCAUUAAGAGUUGUUGUUUGUGUUUUUGUGUUGUCUGUUUCACACAGCAAAUGGGUUUUUAGAAAUGAUGGUAGCCGGUGCUGCAUUGGUUAUGUUCGUCAACGUACACUUAUCAUCUGUACCGAUUACAGUACGCUUUCAGUUCCCUACCAUUGUUGCUCGAUGUUGAUAUUUGGUUGAAUGUAGGUUGUGUCAUUUGGUAACCAAAUUAAAUCUCAGAAAAACAUCUAAUGCCAGCAUUAAUUUGACCUAGACUACCAACAACAGAUGAAAUAGAUUUUGUGGUUGGGUUUAGGUUGUGUUGUUAAAGGUAUAGUACUCCAGAGACUCUACCCUCUGUUUGUAUUUUCUUAUUUUCAUUUUAUUUUCUGUGUUUGUGAUAUUUAUGGGCGCUGUACCCCAACAUCGCUCAGGUGAGGUCAGGGCUUUAUAAAAAGGUGGUGACCAGAUGCCAGACCAUAAGCAGCAGGCAUCCAAGAGACACAGUAUCGAAAAAAUGCAAAUAUAGUGAGGCGAAACACCAAACAAGAGUAAAUCUGAGGCUGGCUUUUACUUUUACUUUCACCAGCGAGCAUGUUUACAAACAAUACCCAACAAUCCUGCAUUGUAUACCUUCAAGUAACCAAAAUCUAACACCUUUGUAACAUCCCAUGCUACCAACAUUUUGACAUAGAAUAAUGGUCUGACACAGGUGUGGAGACCAAAAUCCAACAUCUGCAAAAUGUCAUAGUGUUAACUUCCACACAACGUGAAAUUCUAAUGUUGUUAGACAUUUAAAUUUUCGGCCAUCCAAUUUUUAUUUCAAACAAAAUUUAAUGUUCGUCCAGCAUAAGAGUACAACAUCUUUCUGACAUCACACUGAGGUCCUGUGCCAGCUGUGUUACAUCACUCAUGGUUCUUUAAGUGCUGGGAGAGUAACUACUCAAAUGUCCCUCAAAACAGUAAUCUAAGAAUUAAGAUUGUUCCUAGUUCUUAUAACUAGAACUAGGUUUCUUAGAACUAUACGUUUCUCUGGUCUGAAAACGCCUAUGAGACAUACAAGGUUUUAUUAUUUAAUUUUACAACCGUUAAAUGCAAUGUACAGUGUUUCAUGCAUAAUUACAUAUUUUGCUUUUAAGUUUCCAAUCAAUCUGUACUAUUAUUAAGGAACAAUGACCCUGUAUCUUUGUGUUGUUGUAACACGUUCUCACUCACUACUUGUCAAAUACGGCUGCUUGUUUUGGAGCCCUACACUUCAAAGCAUCAGUUUUGGACGUGUCACUUUCUGCGUCACCAUGGUUACAAGAAGCACAAAACUACUGUAGGUUUAGAUGACAAAACAACUUGGUUAGGUGUAGAAAAACGAUCAUCCUUCAGAGAGGACAUGAACAUCGGUCUACUGGGUAAAAGUCUUGUGUGUGUUUGGAGUUUGGUAAAAGCUUUGUAUUAGAAGUGAGAGAGCCACUGAUCAAGCUGCCGAAUUUGAAACCCUUGGAAUGAGAACGGGUUUGUUAUUAUGUAUGUAUGUGACUUUGAAUGCAUGUUGAUCGAUUGAUUAUACAUCGUAUUAGAGAUAGUGUGUGAUUUACUUUGAUUAACUGCAUUUUACUUUAUGUUUUCAUAUCAGUCAUUUAGAUCACCUAUUGUAUUUUGUAUAAGCAAAAAUGAAAAUAUUUUCCUCUCAAGACAGUAUUUUGCUUUUGAUCAUUUGUUACAUUGUUUAUUUUCACAUGAUAAUGUCAUCACCAUCAUCAUCAUCAUAAUUUCAGUGCUUUACAAUAAAAUGAAGAUGAAUC